AUGUCGUACAGAGUCGCCGCCCCCGAUGAAUACCUCGCCAUCACGGGUAUGUCCGUGAAGACGGUCAAGAUCACAAAGGCCGCCUGGGUAUGGCCCUUUCAACGCUGCAUGCGCUUCCGCAUCACUCCCCACGACUAUGCUAUGAGCCUUCAGGCCAUGACCAAGGAGAAGCUUCAAUUUCUCCUGCCCGUCGUUUUCACUGUAGGCCCCGAUGUCAACCAGCGCGGUGCCAACGCCGCUCAUCAAUCGAGCCACCACUCCGAGACCUCUGACCAGCAGCAACACGAUGAGGACGACAGCUACAUUUCCUCCAACCGCCGCGAGGACCGCGGCGACGCUCUCAUGAAGUACGCCAUGCUCCUCGCCGAGUCCGCCGACAAGAAGACUAGCUCCCUCGUCCACCUCGAGAACAUCGUCAAGGGCAUCAUCGAGGGUGAGGUCCGCGUUCUGGUCUCCAGCAUGACCAUGGAAGAGAUCUUCACCGAGCGCGAAGUCUUCAAGCGCCGCAUCUUCCGCAACAUCCAGUCCGAGCUCAGCCAAUUCGGCCUCAAGAUCUACAAUGCAAACGUAAAGGAGCUCAAGGACGCCCCCAACUCAAACUACUUUGAGUCCCUCUCCCGCAAGGCCCACGAGGGCGCCAGCAACCAGGCCAGGAUCGACGUCGCCGAGGCCCAGCUGCGCGGUAACGUCGGCGAGUCCAAGCGCAAGGGCGAGCAGGAGCGCGAGAUUGCAAAGAUCAACGCCGAGACCGCCGUCCAGAAGACGGACCGCGACAUCGAGCGCGCCACCGCCGAGGCCAACCUCGAUACCCGCCAGGCCUCCCUCAGCAAGGACGUCGAGAUCGCCCGCGUCGAGGCCCGCCGCGCCCUCGAGUCCAAGGACGAGGACCUCAAGCGCGAGGUCGAGGUCAAGCGCGCCGCCGCCGAGAUUGAGCGCCUGCGUGCCACCGAGGUCGUAAAGGCCACAAUCGAGCGUGAGGCCCGCCAGCAAAAGGCCGACGCCGAGGCAUACGCCAUUGAGGCCGACGCCAAGGCCAACUUUGAGAAGAGCCAGCGCGAGACCGAGGCAAAGGCCUUCAAGACGCAAAAGGAUGCCGACGCGCACACCUCAGCCGAGUUCAACCGCACCACCAAGACGGCCGACGCCAACGCCUACAAGGCCCGCCAGGACGCCGAGGCGCACCAGUACUCUGCCCAGCUCAACGCCGAGGCCGACCUCGCCAUCAUGCUCAAGAAGGCCGAGGGUAUGGCCGCCAUGGCGGACGCCUACGGCAAGAUGUCGACUGCCUUUGGCGGUCCCGCGGGUCUGCUGCAGUACCUCAUGAUCGAGAAGGGCACCUACGUCCAGCUCGCAAAGGCCAACGCCGAGGCCAUCCGCGGCCUGCAGCCCAAGAUUAGCGUCUGGAACACGGGUAGCCAAGGUUCUGGCGAGGGCGGUGGCAACUCUGGCAUUGAUACCAUGCGCAACGUCUACCAGAUGCUGCCUCCCCUGAUGACGACCAUCAACGAGCAGACUGGCAUCACUCUGCCUGAGUGGCAGUUUGGCAAGAUGAACGCCGGUAUGCAGGCCAUGCAGAGCGAGAACAACGGCAAGAUCAACGGGUCCAAGUAA